AUGCUUAAAGAGUAUGGUUAUUUUGAUUCAAAGGCUGUAAAGACACCUUUUGAUCAGGGAUGUCAUUUACGAAAGAAUUUGGGUGAACUAGUUAACCAAAAGAGAUAUUAUCAGAUUAUUGGUUCCGUUUCGUAUUUGAUGAAUAACACAAGACCGGAUAUUGCUUUAGCCAUUGGAAAAUUGAGUCAAUUCACUCAUAACCCUGGGGAAGAGCAUUGGCAUGCUAUCAACAGGUUGAUGAGGUACCUAAAAGAUACGAUGAAUUAUGGUCUUCAUUAUAGCGGAAUACCGGUUGUACUAGAAGGUUAUUGUGAUGCUAAUUGGAUUUCUGAUACAAAUAAAUCAUUAGCAACUAGCGGUGCACGUGCACAGAAGAAGCUCACGAGCACCAACUACCAAGGGGUUGUCGGGAGCUUACAUUGCCGGCAGCAAGGAUCCAACGAUUCUUACCAGUCACUUGAACAGAGUUUGUUCCAGCUCCUACAGGGCAGGAUUGCAAGAAUAGGGACUGGUCUACCGGGGUUUUCCAAGGCCGUGGAGACCCUCCUACGAUUCGAACAGCUUCUGACGGCGAACUCCUCUCUUGAGGCUCAAGUCGAGUUGGCUAACAAGGACGCUCGCGAGGCCGUCCUGAGGCGUCGGGAGACCGCAGCAAAGCUCGAGGAAGCUGAGGUCGAGGUCAAGAGCUUGGAGGAGGUGGCGGCGAAGCGAGGGGAAGAGGUCGAGGCCUUGAAGGCUCAGCUCGACCGAGCCAAGAAGAAGGCCAAGGACGACCUGGCACGGGGCUCGAGCCGAGGCUAUUACCGAGUACCUCAUGUCAGAGGAAUACACUGA